AUGGGCCGUCUGAAAUUUUUGCGCGUUGGCCUUCCGUUCUUUUCAAUUGUUCUUGGGGGCGCCUACGGAUUACAUUUCUUUCAACAAGUGCGCUUUGAUUUUCGAAAAAUCCAACAACAAGACGCAAAUUUGGAUUAUUUGAAAAACGAUCUAUCCCAAAGUGGUGUUCGUCUUCGCGAAAACGUAACGGUAGAUAAUAUUUAUAAGGAGGUUGCCGAGUUAGACACCGAUACUUGGGAGAAUAUUCGUGGUCCUCGUGACACUGAAGAUCUCUCCGAAUACAAUCGGAUCAAGUAA